UUCUGCCGCGUCGCACGUUCCACGUAUCGUCCCCGCUGCCGAGUCCGUCCGCGGCCGGGCCGAAUCUCCGAGCAUCCGAGCGUUCGAUUUCCCGACUUUCUCGGUGUUAAGAAAACGAAAAAGGGGUGCUACGAUGAAGGGGUGCUUCAUCUUCUUGACCCUCGUAACGGUGACCGUGGCGAUGGAAACGUAUUCCAGCAAGUACGACAACGUGGACGUCGACAGAAUCUUGGCAAAUGGUCGAGUGCUUUCCAAUUAUAUUCGGUGCAUAAUGGACGAAGGAUCCUGUACCGCGGAAGGACGUGAACUUAAAAAAAUACUGCCGGAUGCUCUUGCAACGGAGUGCCAAAAGUGCACCGAAAAUCAAAAGGCCACCGCUGAGAAAGUGAUUCGUCAUCUGCGUACGAAAAGACCAAGAGACUGGGAACGUUUGGUCAAUAAAUACGACCCUUACGGUCAAUACAAGAAACGCUUCGAAACGUUACAGCCCCGCAAUAGAGCGUAAAGACUGUAACGAAACGAAAUUAUAAUUACUUCCUAUACUUACCACCUAUCGGCUCUCACGUUGACACAAGAUCAUACUUUAAAUAUAUAACCUUGAAAAUCCUACUUAUUACAAAGAAGAAAAAAAUAAAAAUAUGGACAGAAGCUAUAGUGCAAGGAUCCAUCGUGUCCACGGGUCUAUCAUUUCAAUGUGUACUCUAAAACGUUAAUUUUUACCCUGGUUCUUGUUUAACUCACAAGAACAAAUGAAAAGGAUAUAUUAUAUUAUUUCGGUUGCCUGCUAGGAAUAUACAUAAAUGAUAAAACUAGUCACCUGUGCGAAACAGAGCAGCCAAUGAUGAAAUUUUACACAAACAAAAGUUGAAAGAGCUUUUCCCAUUGUAAUCUUAAAAACGUAAUGUAAUAUUGGUACAAAUAUAAAGUUGUCAAAAUGGGAUCAAAGUACAAUAAAGAAUCGGAGGGUGUUACAGAAACUGUUACAUUGAAGCCGGUAAAUUACCAAUUUACGAUCAAGGAUUCAUUUUUGCACUAUACUGUACGUUUAUAAGAUGGAACAGCUAAAAUUUAUGGCGAAUUGUAUUUGUCCUUUCAAAAAUAUGUUCAUCUGCCUUUCUUCGAUGCCUGAGAAUUUAGCAUUCAAAUCUUUCAUUUAUUAAGUUAAUGAAAUAGGAAAGAAAGGAAUGUUCUCAAGUGGAUAGAAAAUAAAGAGACUUUUUCAAUGAAA